AUGAAAGCUCUCAUUCAACGAGUUAUGCAAGCAAAUGUUACAGUUAAUGGUGAAAUGAUUAGUAGUAUCGGACAAGGAUUGUGUGUUUUUAUUGGGAUUUCGAACACUGAUACCGUUAAAGAUAUGGAGUAUAUGGCCCGUAAGUUACUCUCUCUAAGGUUAUUUAACGAUAAAGAGGAUAAAAAAUGGAAACAAAAUAUAGUUGAUGCAGAUUAUGAGUUACUAUGUGUCAGCCAAUUUACAUUAUAUAACACAUGGAAGGGUAAUAAACCAGAUUUCCACCUUGCAAUGCCCGGAGACAAAUCCAAAGAGGUUUAUGAACAGUUUCUGCAAUUAUUAAGAGAUCAGUAUAAACCUGAUAAGAUCAAAGAUGGUGUUUUUGGUGCUUACAUGCAGGUAUCUAUACAAAAUGAUGGGCCUGUUACAUUAGAAUUAGAAUCGCCUGUGAGCAAUGGAAAAGUAAAAAAUUUAAAAGAAAAGGCUUCACAGGAUCCUUUAGAAUCAAAUAUAGAUGAUAGAGAUAGAUAG